AUGUGGGUUCUGUUGAGGGCCUUGCCUAUCACAGAGCCUGGGACACCCUGUACUGGACCAGCUCGACUGCCUCCUCCAUCACCAGGCACAGCGUGGACCAGACUCGGCCAGGAGCCUUUGACAGGGAAGCGGUCAUUGCUAUGUCAGAAGAUGACCAUCCUCAUGUGCUAGCCCUAGAUGAAUGCCAAAAUUUAAUGUUUUGGACCAACUGGAAUGAACAGCAUCCAAGUAUCAUGAGAUCAACUCUUACUGGGAAGAAUGCUCAAGUGGUGGUCAGUACAGACAUACUCACUCCAAAUGGACUCACCAUUGAUCACCGUGCAGAGAAGCUGUAUUUCUCAGAUGGCAGCCUAGGAAAAAUUGAAAGAUGUGAAUAUGAUGGAUCCCAGAGACAUGUGAUUGUCAGAUCUGGGCCAGGAACUUUUCUCAGUCUGGCUGUAUAUGACAAUUAUAUCUUCUGGUCAGAUUGGGGAAGAAGAGCUAUCUUGCGUUCUAACAAGUACACAGGAGGAGAUACAAAAAUUCUUCGUUCUGAUAUUCCACAUCAACCAAUGGGUAUCAUAGCUGUUGCCAAUGACACCAAUAGCUGUGAACUUUCUCCAUGUGCAUUAUUGAAUGGAGGCUGCCAUGACUUGUGCCUUUUAACUCCUAACGGAAGAGUGAAUUGUUCCUGCAGAGGGGAUCGAAUAUUGCUGGAAGACAACAGAUGUGUGACUAAAAAUUCUUCCUGCAAUAUUUAUUCAGAAUUUGAGUGUGGAAAUGGAGAAUGUAUUGAUUAUCAGCUCACCUGUGAUGGCAUUCCUCAUUGUAAGGAUAAAUCAGAUGAAAAACUGCUCUACUGUGAAAACAGAAGUUGUCGAAGAGGUUUCAAGCCCUGCGCCAACCGUCGCUGUGUUCCUCACGGCAAGCUGUGUGAUGGCGACGAUGACUGUGGAGACAGCUCUGAUGAAUUAGACUGUAAAGUUUCAACCUGUGCUGCUAUUGAGUUCCGCUGUACAGAUGGGACGUGCAUUCCGAGAUCAGCACGGUGCAACCAGAACAUAGAUUGUGCAGAUGCUUCAGAUGAAAAGAACUGCAAUAAUACAGACUGUACAUAUUUCUAUAAACUUGGAGUGAAAACCACAGGGUUCAUAAGAUGCAAUUCUACCUCACUGUGUGUUCUGCCAACCUGGAUAUGUGAUGGGUCUAAUGACUGUGGAGAUUACUCAGAUGAAUUAAAAUGCCCAGUUCAAAACAAACACAAAUGUGAAGAAAAUUAUUUUGGUUGUCCUAGUGGAAGAUGCAUUUUGAAUACCUGGGUAUGUGAUGGUCAGAAAGAUUGUGAGGAUGGACUUGAUGAAUUCCACUGUGAUUCCUCUUGUUCUUGGAACCAGUUUGCAUGUUCCACAGAAAAGUGUAUAUCUAAACACUGGAUCUGUGAUGGAGAGGAUGAUUGUGAAGAUGGAUUAGAUGAAAGUGAUAGCAUUUGUGGUGCCAUCACCUGUGCGGCUGACAUGUUCAGCUGCCAGGGCUCCCGCGCCUGUGUGCCCCGACACUGGCUCUGUGAUGGUGAACGGGACUGUCCAAAUGGAAGUGAUGAACUCUCCACAGCAGGCUGUGCUCCCAAUAAUACAUGUGAUGAAAAUGCUUUCAUGUGCCACAAUAAAGUAUGCAUUCCCAAGCAGUUUGUUUGUGACCAUGAUGACGACUGUGGAGAUGGUUCUGAUGAGUCGUUGCAGUGUGGGUACCGGCAGUGCAAUGCAGAAGAGUUUAGCUGUGCUGAUGGGCGAUGUCUUUUAAAUAGUCAGUGGCAGUGUGAUGGAGAUUUUGACUGUACAGACCAUUCUGAUGAGGCACCUAUAAACCCAAAGUGUACAAGUGCAGAACAGUCAUGCAACAGUUCAUUUUUUAUGUGCAAAAAUGGCAGGUGCAUCCCCAGUGGAGCUCUUUGUGACAAUAAGGAUGACUGUGGUGAUGGCUCAGAUGAGAGGAACUGCCAUAUAAAUGAGUGUUUGAGUAAGAAGGUCAGUGGGUGUUCUCAGGAUUGUCAGGAUCUUCCUGUCAGUUAUAAGUGCAAAUGCUGGCCUGGAUUUCAACUGAAGGAUGAUGGUAAAACAUGUGUAGACAUUGACGAAUGCUCUUUGGGCUUUCCGUGUAGCCAGCAAUGCAUCAAUACAUAUGGAACCUACAAGUGCCUCUGUACAGAUGGAUAUGAAAUACAACCUGAUAACCCAAAUGGCUGCAAGUCACUCUCAGAUGAAGAGCCUUUUCUAAUCCUUGCCGAUCAUCAUGAGAUAAGGAAAAUUAGCACUGAUGGCUCCAACUACACACUUUUAAAACAGGGAUUAAACAAUGUUAUUGGUAUAGACUUUGAUUACAGAGAAGAAUUUAUCUAUUGGAUUGAUUCCAGUCGACCCAAUGGCAGUCGCAUAAAUAGAAUGUAUUUAAAUGGAAGUGAUAUUAAGGUAGUGCAUAACACAGCUGUCCCCAAUGCACUUGCUGUUGAUUGGAUUGGAAAAAACCUCUAUUGGUCGGACACAGAAAAAAGGAUCAUUGAAGUAUCCAAACUCAAUGGCUUAUACCCUACUAUACUUGUUAGCAAAAGGCUGAAGUUUCCCAGGGACCUGUCUUUAGAUCCUCGUGCUGGGUAUUUGUAUUGGAUUGACUGCUGUGAGUAUCCUCACAUUGGCCGUGUUGGAAUGGAUGGAACCAAUCAGAGUGUUGUCAUAGAGACCAAGAUUUCUAGACCUAUGGCACUAACAAUAGAUUAUGUCAACCAUAGACUCUACUGGGCUGAUGAAAAUCACAUCGAGUUUAGCAACAUGGAUGGAUCUCACAGACACAAAGUCCCUAAUCAAGAUAUUCCAGGGGUGAUUGCACUAACAUUGUUUGAAGACUACAUCUACUGGACUGAUGGGAAAACCAAGUCACUCAGCCGUGCCCAUAAAACCUCGGGAGCAGACAGACUCUCACUGAUUAACUCAUGGCAUGCCAUCACAGAUAUCCAGGUGUAUCAUUCUUAUAGACAACCUGAUGUCUCCAAACACCUCUGUAUGAUAAAUAAUGGAGGUUGCAGUCAUUUGUGCCUUUUAGCUCCUGGAAAGAGUCACACCUGCGCAUGUCCCACCAACUUCUAUCUUGCGGCUGAUAACAGGACUUGCUUAUCCAACUGCACAGCCAGUCAGUUUCGCUGCAAAACUGAUAAAUGUAUUCCAUUCUGGUGGAAAUGUGACACCGUGGAUGACUGUGGUGAUGGAUCCGAUGAACCAGAUGACUGCCCCGAAUUUAAAUGUCAGCCUGGCCGAUUUCAGUGUGGAACUGGCCUCUGCGCUCUGCCUGCUUUCAUCUGUGAUGGAGAGAAUGACUGUGGGGACAAUUCUGAUGAACUCAACUGUGACACACAUGUCUGCCUCUCAGGUCAGUUCAAGUGUACCAGGAACCAGAAAUGCAUCCCAGUAAACCUCAGAUGUAACGGGCAAGAUGACUGUGGGGAUGAGGAAGAUGAGAGGGACUGUCCUGAAAACAGCUGUUCUCCGGACUACUUCCAAUGUAAAACUACCAAACAUUGCAUUUCCAAGCUGUGGGUUUGUGAUGAGGAUCCAGACUGUGCAGAUGCAUCAGAUGAGGCUAACUGUGAUAAAAAGACUUGUGGUCCUCAUGAAUUCCAGUGUAAAAACAACAACUGUAUUCCAGAUCACUGGCGGUGUGAUAGCCAAAAUGACUGCAGUGAUAAUUCAGAUGAAGAAAACUGUAAGCCACAGACCUGUACACUGAAAGAUUUUCUCUGUGCCAACGGGGACUGUGUUUCUUCAAGGUUUUGGUGCGAUGGAGAUUUUGAUUGUGCAGAUGGCUCGGAUGAGAGAAAUUGUGAAACAAGUUGCUCCAAAGAUCAGUUCCAGUGUUCCAGUGGUCAGUGUAUAUCAGCAAAAUGGAAAUGCGAUGGCCAUGAAGACUGUAAAUAUGGAGAAGAUGAGAAACACUGUGAGCCAGCUUCUCCUACUUGCUCAUCAAGUGAAUAUAUAUGUGCCGGUGGAGGAUGCAUUUCAGCAUCUUUGAAAUGUAAUGGAGAAUAUGACUGUGCUGACGGUUCAGAUGAGAUGGACUGUGUGACUGAGUGUAAGGAAGAUCAGUUUCGAUGCAGAAAUAAAGCCCACUGUAUUCCAAUUAGAUGGCUUUGUGAUGGGAUUCACGACUGUGUAGAUGGCAGUGAUGAAGAGAACUGUGACAGAGGAGGAAAUAUAUGUAGAGCAGAUGAGUUCCUUUGCAACAAUUCACUUUGCAAACUGCAUUUCUGGGUGUGUGAUGGAGAAGACGACUGUGGAGACAACUCUGAUGAAGCUCCUGACAUGUGUGACAAAUUUGUUUGCCCACCCACAAGACCUCACAGAUGCAGAAAUAACAGAAUAUGCCUGCAGCCUGAGCAAAUGUGCAAUGGGAUCGAUGACUGUGGGGACAACUCAGAUGAAGAUCCCUGCGGUGGUAAGCUUACAUAUAAAGCAAGACCUUGUAAAAAAGAUGAGUUUGCUUGCAGUAAUAAAAAAUGUAUCCCCAUGGACCUCCAGUGUGAUCAACUUGAUGACUGUGGAGAUGGUUCAGAUGAACAAGGCUGCAGAAUAACUCCCAAUGAGUAUACCUGUGAAGAUAAUGUGAAUCCAUGUGGAGAUGAUGCAUAUUGUAAUCAAAUAAAAACAUCUGUUUUCUGCCGCUGUAAGCCUGGAUUUCAGAGAAACAUGAAAAACAGACAGUGUGAAGACCUUAAUGAAUGUUUGGUAUUUGGCACAUGUUCCCACCAAUGUAUAAAUAUAGAAGGAUCAUAUAAAUGUGUGUGUCACCAGAAUUUUCAAGAAAGAAAUAACACCUGCAUAGCAAAAGGCUCUGAAGAUCAAGUUCUCUACAUUGCUAAUGACACUGAUAUCCUGGGUUUUAUAUAUCCAUUCAACUACAGUGGCGAUCAUCAACAAAUUUCUCAUAUUGAACAUAAUUCAAGAAUAACAGGGAUGGAUGUAUAUUAUCAGAGAGAUAUGAUUAUUUGGAGUACUCAGUUUAAUCCAGGCGGAAUUUUCUAUAAAAGGAUCCAUGGCAGAGAAAAAAGGCAAGCAAACAGUGGCUUGAUUUGUCCUGAAUUUAGAAGGCCCAGGGACAUUGCAGUUGACUGGGUGGCUGGAAAUAUCUAUUGGACCGACCAUUCUCGAAUGCACUGGUUCAGUUACUACACUACUCACUGGACCAGUCUGAGGUACUCUAUCAACGUGGGGCAGCUGAGUGGCCCCAACUGUACCAGACUCUUGACAAAUAUGGCUGGAGAACCCUAUGCCAUUGCUGUAAAUCCUAAAAGAGGGAUGAUGUACUGGACCGUCGUUGGGGACCACUCCCACAUAGAAGAGGCGGCCAUGGAUGGUACUCUGAGAAGGAUUUUAGUACAAAAGAAUUUACAGAGACCUACAGGUCUGGCUGUGGAUCAUUUCAGUGAACGGAUAUACUGGGCUGAUCUUGAACUCUCUGUUAUCGGCAGCGUUCUGUACGAUGGUUCUGAUUCCGUCGUCUCUGUCACCAGUAAACAAGGUUUGUUACAUCCACACAGGAUUGAUGUCUUUGAAGAUUAUAUAUAUGGAGCAGGUCCUAAAAACGGUGUAUUUCGAGUGCAAAAAUUUGGCCAUGGUUCAGUAGAGUACCUAGCUUUAGAUGUUGACAAAACAAAAGGUGUUUUGAUUUCUCAUCGCUAUAAACAACUAGAUUUACCCAAUCCAUGCUCGGAUCUAGCAUGUGAAUUCCUCUGUUUACUGAAUCCUUCUGGGGCCACUUGUGCAUGCCCAGAAGGAAAAUAUUUGAUUAAUGGCACCUGCAAUGAUGACAGCUUGUUAGAUGAUUCAUGCAAAUUGACUUGUGAAAAUGGAGGAAGAUGCAUUUUAAAUGAGAAGGGUGAUUUGAGGUGUCACUGUUGGCCUAGUUAUUCAGGAGAAAGAUGUGAAAUCAACCACUGUAGCAACUACUGUCAAAAUGGAGGAACUUGUAUGCCAUCAGCUCUGGGGAGACCCACGUGCAGCUGUGCGCUGGGGUUCACUGGACCAAACUGUGGUAAGACAGUCUGUGAGGACUUUUGUCAAAAUGGAGGGACCUGCAGUGUUACUGCUGGGAACCAGCCUUAUUGCCACUGCCAGCCUGAACACACGGGAGACAGAUGUCAAUACUAUGUGUGUCAUCACUACUGUGUGAAUUCUGAAUCCUGUACCAUUGGAGAUGAUGGAAGUGUGGAAUGUGUCUGUCCAAUACGCUAUGAAGGAUCAAAAUGUGAAAUUGACAAAUGCAUAAGGUGUCAUGGGGGACAUUGCAUUAUAAAUAAAGACAGUGAAGAUAUAUCUUGCAACUGCACUAAUGGAAAGAUUGCCUCUAGCUGCCAGCUGUGUGAUGGUUACUGUUACAAUGGUGGCACGUGCCAGCUGGACCCAGAGACAAAUGUACCUGUGUGUUUAUGCUCUGUGGGGUUUAAAAGUCAGCGCUGUGACCAGAAAGAGAACCCCUGUGAUCACUACUGUCAGAAUGAGGGGAUUUGCACUUUAACUGCGUUUAAUGAGCCGAGAUGCAA